AAAUGUCUCUUCUUACGAGAUCUUUCAGAUGGAUUUUGAGAUAGACAACAGUAGUGGCCUGGUGGGGGCCCAGCAAAUCACCUGGCAGGUGGAAUACCCCCGAGAUGAGUCUGUGAGCGAGCUGGUGGUCUCCGAGAUCUUUGUCAGCCAAGCGACUUUUGCAGGAAUUGUUCCACUUGCGAUGGACACGGAAGUCCUGAACACAGCCAUCCUGACGGGGAAGCCGGUGUCUGUCCCAGUAAAGGUGGUUGCCGUUGAAGAAGAUGGAUCGGUGAGAGAUGUGUCUGGUUCCACCGAAUGCAGAUCAGCUGAUGAAGACGUCAUAAAGGUUUCAGACAACUGCGAUGCCAUCUUUGUUAAUGGGAAGGAAAUGAAAAGCAAAGUGGACACCAUUGUGAACUUCACGUACCAGCAUUUUACCACCCAGCUAGAAGUCACCGUCUGGGUUCCACGACUUCCUCUUCAAAUAGAGAUCUCCGACACAGAACUGAGUCAGAUCAAAGGCUGGAGGAUCCCUGUCACCUCCAACAAAAGGCCCACACGUGACAGCGAUGAGGAUGAAGAUGACGAGAAGAAAGGCAGAGGCUGCACCCUGCAGUACCAGCAUGCCAUGGUACGAGUCCUCACCCAGUUUGUGACAGAAUCAUCCGAUUUGGGAGGCCAGCUGACCUACAUGCUUGGCUCCGAAUGGCAGUUUGACAUUACGGACCUUGUGGCUGACUUCAUGAAGGUGGAAGAAUCCAAAGUAGCCAAGUUACAAGAUGGCCGGGUUCUGAUUGGUCGUGAGCAAGGAAUCACAACAGUUCAGGUCCUCUCACCUCUUUCGGAUUCCAUUUUGGCCGAGAAGACUGUGAUUGUUCUGGAAGACCGGGUCACCAUCACAGACCUCGGUGUUCAGCUCGUGGCAGGCUUGUCCCUCUCGCUCCAGACAAGCAAAGGAAACAAGAGGGUGAUUGUUUCUACGGCAUCGGCUUCUGACAUUCUUCAUUCACCAAAGCAGGAAGCUGUGGUCAGUGCUUGGAUUCUGUUCAGCGAUGGCACCGUGACACCCUUAGACAUCUACGACACGAAAGAUUUUUCUCUCGCCAUCACAUCCCUGGAUGAAAUGGUGGUGUCCAUCCAUCAAAACCAGGAGGAAGAGCAGCCUGUGGUGGUGGCGGAAGGUGAAGGUCAAGGGCCACUCAUUAAACUAGAAAUGGUGAUCAGCGAGCCUUGUCAGAAGUCCAAGAGGAAGAGUAGCUUGGCUGUUGGGAAAGGAAGCAUCAAAGUCAAGUUUGGCCAGAAGGAUUUGGACCACAAAGGGGACACCAAUGACAUUGAAGACGUUGAGGCUGAUUUUAAAAGCCAUGGGAGUAAUUCUAUAGAGAAGUCAUUGGAGCAGGAGAGGUCAGGGCAAGAUUGGCCCAAACAUGGGGCUUCCAUUAAUCACGAAGAGGCUACUAACCAAAGCACAACUUCCAAGACUCCUGUUCACCCAAAAACUGCUCAGGGUCAGCUCCAAAAUGGUCCAACCUCCUUUACAAGCUUCCCCAUACAAGUUGACAUUCCAGUGCAGAACAGUCCCAGUGACCUCACUUUGGCUUCCAGAGGUCUAACGGACCUUGAGAUUGGCAUGUAUGCCCUUCUGUGUGUUUUCUGUUUAGCCAUAUUGGUCUUCUUAAUUAACUGUGUGGCAUUUGCUUGGAAGUACAGGCACAAAAGGUUUGCCGUCAGUGAGCAAGGCAACAUUCCACAUUCCCAUGACUGGGUGUGGCUCGGGAAUGAGGUGGAGCUCUUGGAGAACCCAGUGGACAUUUCGCUCCCGUCCGAGGAGUGCACAACCAUGAUAGACAGAGGGAUGCAGUUUGAGGAGAGCAAUUUCCUCCUCAACGGGAGCUCUCAGAAGAGCCUCCACAGCCAGAUCCUUCGGUCUGCUGACUAUGGUUGUGAGAACGAUAUCACAAACGAACCUAUCAACCCUCCUGGGCCCAAACGGAAAAGAGUCAAAUUCACAUCCUAUACCACCAUCUUGCCGGAGGAUGGUGGCCCAUACACCAACUCCAUCCUCUUUGACAGUGACGAUAAUAUCAAAUGGGUAUGCCAAGAUAUGAACUUAGGGGAUUCCCAGGAACUUAGAGACUAUAUGGAAAGGCUGCAAGACAAUAUGUAAAAAAUAAUUAUUAUCUCUCUCUCUAAAGACUUUAUCUUUGUAUUCACCUUUAUGCCUUCUGUUUUAUGGAUGAUGGAGCACUCAAACCCAGCCAGCAAUAGAAGAAGGCUCUCCAAAAUGUUUGGAGGUCCAGAAAUACUAACUUUGCAUUGUUUUGAUCAGCUGCAAGAGAAAGCUGGCUUGUUAUACCCUGUUCCAUCAGGUACAAGGGGAUGUGAGCCCCUAAACAGCUACCUACAAAUCUUGGAGGUAUUGCGCACAACCAGCUGUUUUUCAUAUAUCAUCUGAUACUAGCUAAUGCUGAUCCAAUUGCACCUAGACUCAGAGAAGAUGGGUUAGUGUGCCAUGUUACGAUGAGCCGUUACUAUGGAAAAGGAACCAUUUUGUGGGUGGGUGGGUUGAUGAUUUUUCUAGAAAAUAUUCUUUGUAAAAGCACAGUAGACAUUCCUCGCUUUCAGCUGGAAUCUAGGGUCCUUUCAAAGGAUCAGAAUGAAUUGACCUAAUGUAAUCUGUUUAUACAAAAUACAGACAGAUAUAUCCUCCUAGGCUUUUGUUUUUUAAAAACAAAUAUUCAUCCUUGUGGUUAAUUUGUUCAGCUGUAUUGUUUAUAAAGCUUUCCUGAUUUUAUGAA